AGAUAAGGUUUUAUAGAAGCGGUAAAGAGUGGGUUAAGGUAAAGUAAUAAUCAAUAAUCUUGACAAUGGCUAAUAAUGGCGAAUUACGGUUUCAAGAUCCAUUUCGUAUUUCUGAAUGGAAUGAAUUAGUUGGCUGGUUGUACGAAAAUUUCACUGAGGAACAACUUACAAACGUGGUGUUUCAUCUUAAAGAUGAUGAGUCAAUGGAAGUGGAUGAUGAAGAUAAUGCAAAAACUUUCGACAAAGUCUUCUAUGAUACUGUUGAUGGAGAUGAAGAUAAACUGCAGGCAGCUUUAAAAUUACAACAAGUUUUUAAGAAUUUGCAACUUCAUCAUGAGCUGGGUGAAAAUGUCACAGAUAAGAUACAGACGUUUAUUGGCCGUCUGAGAAAGUAUCUAAAAGGUUUUGAGGUGGAAACAAAACAGCUGUUUAUUGGAAGGGAAACUGAAUUGAAGCUUUUGAUAGACUUGAUAAACAACAAGGACAAUGAUAAUAAGCACCUCUUUGCUGUUUCCAUAUGUGGUAUUGGUGGACAAGGUAAAAGCUUACUAGCAAGACAGGUUUGCUGGAAGCUCAGCCAGGCAGAUGGCAUUUCUCCAUGGUAUGUGGUCAAGGCUGAUUUAAGAAACAAAAGAUCAACAAUAGAUGUGAUAAAAUCAUUGCUGGCAGAUGAUAAUGGGAAUUUUCCGAUGUACGGUGAACAAGAACAACUACAGAAUGUAUUGAUACAGGCUAUUCAUCGCAUUAACUCAGACAUUUUGUUUUGUUUAGAUGAUUGCGACCAAGUAUUAAAGUAUGAAAGUGAACAGUUUAUAAAGUUCCUGAAUGUUUUGGGAAAAGAAAGUAGCAAUACAGACCAUAAGAUAAGACUGCUGCUAACAACACGUGAGAAACUGCCAGGAAAUGGCACAAAAAUGGACAAAUAUACUCUCAAACUAUCACAGACAUUAGCAGAAGUGGAAUUGUGUGAACUUGAGCAGGCAGAUGCAGUAGAGUUGCUAAAAGCUUGUUCAAAUAAUCAGGAAAUUGAAUCAAAAAUUGCUGAAGCCAUAGUGAAGGACUGUGCAUGCUCACCAUUGGCUGUUUCAGUUGUUGCUGAACUGAUAAAAAUUGGAAAAUUUACUCCGGAACGUCUAGCAUUCCAUCUUACUAUUGAUAAGAAGAAUGUAACGAAAGCACUUAAAGUUGAUAAGUGUAUCAAGGAAGCAAUAGAUAAUUUAGAUGAAGAACACCAGAAUGCACUCGUUUCUCUGUCAGUGUUUCAGUCGACACCAUUUGAUCUUGAUGCUGCAAGCAUAAUCAUUGGAAUUACGGACACUCCUAUCAAAAACCUACUGCAAGAUAUGUAUAAUUGUCAUCUAUUGGAGGCAGAAGAACACCCUAGAAGAUCUAAAAAUGGUAUCUAUAAGGAACCAGAUGUUACAUACUCACUGCAUCCUCUUGUAUAUCGGUUUAUAUCGGAAUGGAAGAAGCCGGAGCACUUGAAACCUGCUUACCAGAAAUUUGUGUCUUAUUACCAGAGAUUCAUCAAUACAGUUGUCAGGUUACUUGAAUCCAGAUACUGGAAGGGACAACAGAAGCUCGAAAAACAUAAAGUGCAUAUUCUCAAAUUCUAUGAAAUAAUGUCUGAGCAACCCCAGUUGUUGAAAAGGCAUCCCAAAGAGACUGACAACAAUGGUGUUUUGUCUAAGAAAAGGAUAUCUGAUUUGGCAGACAUUCUACUUUGCCUAGUGCAAAACCGUCGAAUGUUUCAGUCUGAAGCAGACAGAGCAUUAAAGUCUGAUAACAAGGCAAUGUAUAUAUUCUGGAUGGUAGAAAAAGCUGAUGUUUUCUUGAUGCUGCAUGACAAAGUAGAUAUUGCCCUGGAAAUUCUGAAUGAGUUGGCGGAUAAAUAUCCAGCACUUCGAGAUUUUCGUGAAAAACCAGAUCACCUUGCAUUUGUACAUGGAAUGUUCCACAAAGUGAAGGGAUUAUGCCGAUGGAAGGAACGCUCAUAUGAGUCAUCUCUCAAUCACCUUCAUCUGGCCAUAAGGUUUUUUGAUAAGGUGUGUUGUCAGUAUCACAGUGGAAGGCAUAAUGACAAAACACCAUGUGAUAUCUUUGUAGCAAGGGUAAAAUGUUACAUUGGCCAGGUGUUCAUAGACAGUGGGGACUACAACAAAGCUGACCAAUUUUUAAGAGAAGGUCACUCGCUGGUUAGAAGCAUGGUACCGUCUAAACAUGGAGAAGAGGAUGAGUUGACUAAGGAUUUGCACUGGGAUAUACCAAGGUAUUACACGCACUAUGCCAGGAUUAAGCUUCUAAAGGCAAAGACAACUGAUGACAAACAAACCAGGGAUUAUCUGCUAGAUAAAGCUCUAGAAGAUUUAGAGAGAGGAAUUAAGUUAGAUGAACAGUUGAAACUGGAUUAUUUAGAUGGAUAUCUGGCGAAAUUUAAACUAAAGGCUGAUGUCAACAUAGAGAAGGGACUUUUGAUGGAAGCAUUACGCGACGCAAAUGAUGUGCUAGAUAAACGUCGUGAAAUCCUUCAGCCGCCGCAUACACACUACACAGAAAGUGUCUACCAGGUUGGAAGGAUCUAUAUGCUGCUUGGAAAUGAUUAUGACAAGAAAGGCGAAAAAGAGAGUGCUAAGAGUCACUGGAACUGUUCAAGUGAUUAUUUCAAGGAGCUAAAGGAUUGUCACUUGAAAGAUGGUGGGAUUUCUAUAGACAACCCAGUAUUUCAAGAUAUAAAGAGGGAUCAUAUACAAGUUAUGAUGCUAACAGGAACCAAUCGUAAUGUCAGACAGAUUCAGCGCUUCUACAAUGAUGUUGAGACAGGUGCGUAUGACCCAGAAAAAAAAUCUAGUAUCAAGUCAAUGAAGAAUAUGAUGUGGACACCAUUCGAAAUGUUGAAAAACUAUCUUGGUGGUGGUGGGAAGGAAUUUGGUGCCAAUGAUGAUAAAAUAACGCAAAUGGAAAAUCUUGCAAGAGACCAACAAGCCAGGAUGAUACGUGGCGAACCCAGUGGUGGUGCUCGGAGAGAUUCAGGCAUGGGACAUAGUAGUAGUGAUUUGGGUGAUAGCUUUUCAUCAGGGAGUGGAAGCAUGUCUGCCCACAUGGAGAGGAUGCAUCUCGAAAAAUCUCUAUCUUUAGAAGAUGAUGUAUUCCAAAAUUCUGGUGAACAUGAAACUGUUGAUGAUAAAAGAAAAAGGUUGUCAAAGAAACGUCAAAAAACAAUUGAUGAAGAUAGAGAACCGUAACAGGACUAUAUCAGUGUUGAUAUUACAUUUUAAUUUUGACUUACUGUGAUGAAUAUCACUUCAGAAUGACAGAUUAAGAUCAACAUUUUUGUGUCUUGGUCACCAUUGUUGUGUUAGUGGGGUGUACAUGCUCUAAACACCAUUUUCUAAAGGCUGAGGAAAACGGUCUCAAAGUUUCAUAAAAUUGAAAGUUUUCUGAUUUUGAAAAUGAAUUUCUUUUGUUAUAUUUGUUUCCAAGGUUUAGCUUGUUUGCAUUUUUUAUAUAGAGACAAGAGCAAAACUGUUUUAUUUUUAUAGUUAUAUCAAUUUUUGUAGACACCUUCUGCUUUAUAUGCACUUUUACACCAGAAGAUAUUGAUGAAACACUUGAUAUUGAUAUAGAGAAUUAUCAAAUACUUGUGCCUUGACUCGGAUAUGUAAUACAUAUUAAAUUCAUGACGAUUUGCUGGCUUCAUAAACUUGUUCAAUUUAUUCAAAACGAAAUCCUCACUCAUUUAAUAUACUAUUUUUAUUUAAGGGUAAUAUUUAAAACCAGGGACAUCAUGACUUUGAUUGUUAUAAAAUGUAUAUUUUGGAUGCUGCAGGGAGGGGGUUAGGACUAAACUACGAUUUUAAGGUCCAGACUUUGAUUUUAGUAUAGUCGUGUAUGUACAUUUUAAUGUUAGGUUUUUGUUAAUGUCAGUAUGUCAAUAUGUCUUUUUGUUUGUUUUUUUCUUUUAUUCAAAUUUAUGCUAGUGUGAAUUUUAUGAUUAUGCUUAGUUGAAUGAUGACGCAAGCAUAGAUUGUUAAUUAAU